UGCGAGCGAUCCCGGAAGCGGCGAAGUGGAGCUGUGGUUGCUGCCUCGUCUGGGGUCUCGCCAUGGGCUGCGACGGCGGCACCAUCCCCAAGAGACACGAGCUGGUGAAGGGGCCGAAGAAGGUCGAGAAGGUUGAUAAAGAUGCGGAGUUAGUGGCCCAGUGGAACUAUUGCACUCUGAGUCAAGAGAUCCUAAGACGACCAAUAGUUGCCUGUGAACUUGGCAGACUUUAUAACAAAGAUGCAGUCAUUGAGUUUCUGUUGGACAAAUCUGCCGAAAAGGCUCUUGGGAAGGCAACAUCUCACAUUAAGAGCAUUAAGAACGUGACAGAGCUAAAGCUUUCUGAUAACCCUGCCUGGGAGGGAGAGAAAGGAAACACGAAAGGGGACAAGCAUGAUGACCUCCAGCGAGCCCGGUUCAUCUGCCCCGUGGUGGGCCUGGAGAUGAACGGCCGACACAGGUUCUGUUUCCUUCGGGGCUGCGGCUGUGUGUUCUCUGAACGUGCCUUGAAAGAGAUAAAGGCGGAAGUCUGUCACACGUGCGGGGCCGCCUUCCAGGAGGACGACGUCAUCGUGCUCAACGGCACCAAGCGGGACGUGGAGGAGCUGAAGGCCAGGAUGGAGGAGCGGCGGCUGCGCGCCAAGCUGGAGAAGAAAACCAAGAAGCCCAAGGGUGCCGAGUGUGUUUCGAAGGCAGGAGCGGCGGAAGAAUGCCCGGGACCGUCCAAGGUAAAGCCCGGCAGGACGGAGGAGAGCGGCCCUGACCCCAAGGAGAAGCCGGCCUCGGCUCCCAGAAAUGCAGCUGCGAAUGGCAGUGCUGCUUCUGGAAAAGUCGGGAAGGCGGCAGCCGGAGCCCCGAAAAGAUCCAUCGCCGACAGCGAGGAGUCGGAAGCCUACAAGUCGCUCUUCACGACGCACAGCUCCGCCAAGCGCUCCAAGGAGGAGUCGGCGCACUGGGUCACCCACACGUCCUACUGCUUCUGAGCAGCCGCCCGCGCCCCCUCCCCACCCCACACACC